CAUACAAUGCGAUUUUAUCCCAUCAUUAUCCUUAAAGCUUGCAGACAACAUACCUAAUUCUUAGCCAUUCAAAUGAAAUCAUACAUUUCAGAUUAGUUUAUAGUAAGCUAACUACAAUGUAAAGGCCCAAUAAAUAAUGAAGCUCUGUAAAGAUGGGCUCUGUACACAGUAAAGAAAACCAAGUUUGAAAGCUGAAAAAUCUCACUGCUUCUAAUUUCUCUGUCCAAAUGGUGAGAUGAUGAAGGGUGUCUAUGUGCGCGGGCAUUUUGCUGAUCCAAAAGGUUGUAGAAACCAUCCUAAACACUCAAAAUCCGCCAAAAAAUCAAAAGCACGCAGCUGAGCCCAGCUUGGCUCCAGCAGUCCCUCUGAAACCACAGAGCUCGCUUUCGUCACUCCGCCCCGUCCCGGACUUUUCCGGCGCUUCCCGAUCGCGUUCGUGUCUUUCCGACGGGCUCGUGUCGGCGCCGUGCUGGAACAUGGCCGUGCGGGGAGCUGCUCGGCUGGAGAGAGAGGGGUGAGCGAGCGAGCGAGCGAGGCAGCGAAAAGGGAGGUUUAAGCAAGACGCUUCCAUGUCUGGGCGAGGGCGCAAGGCUGCACGGCGUGGCUGAGAACCCGGCGAGACCGCGAAGAGCUCCGCUGCGCCCGGCGGCUCGACGGGGAGGGAAAAAAAGUGGUCGUGGGUGUCGGCGUGGGACUUUGAGGCGCUAGCUGAGGCCGCGGCCUUCGAGGGGGCCUGAGAGACGCACGGGCCCGCCCGCCCGCCCUUGGCAUGCCUACGAAGCGGGAGUCGCCCGCGCCUGCCCCGCUCCAGCUCCGCCCCGCAGACCCUCGCCACCGGCCCCUGUGAGGAGCAUGUUGCCUACGCUGUCCCUCUGCUCCAUCGUGUGGUUAAACCGGGGGUUCAAACUGAGGAAAGCUCUUCUGUCCAACACAGGACAGCACUGAUCUCUCGCCUCCCUGCCUCGGCCCACUCUAGCAUGCUCCUUAGUUUCGGCUCAUAGCGCCGUCGACUGUCGAGAGACUCUCUCUUUGCCCCCGCCCGCCUCCGGCCUGUAGGACGAAUCCCCCCGGCCCAGCGCUCGCCAAUGUCUGCGGAGGGCUUCCAGUAUCGUGCGCUUUACGUUUACAACAAGGACUGGGACGAGGACGUUGACCUCCAGCCCGGUGACCUGCUGACCGUCAACAAGGCCUCGCUGCUGGCCCUGGGCUUCAAGGAGGGAGAUGAGGAGAGACCCGGGGAGCUGGGCUGGAUGGUGGGGGUCAACGAACGCACGAAGCAGAGAGGCGACUUUCCAGGGACCUACGUGCAGUACGUGGGGCCUGUCAAGAUGUCGCUGCCUCUCAACCAGCCGCGAUUCCAGAGACCCCUGCCCGCUGCCCCCAGGGCCGAGCCCCCUCCUGUGAGGCAAGCUCUCUCUGUCCUGGACUUGACUGAGCAGUUCUCACCCCCUGAAAGUGCCCCCCCUGUCCUGGUCAAGUUGGUAGAAGCCAUAGAGAAGAAAGGUCUAGACUGCGAGACACUGUACAGGACGCCUGGCUUCUCCGCUGCCGUUGAUCAGAGACAGACUCUGAAUUUCGCAGAGCUGCCCGCAGGGGAGAUGGGACAGUGUGACCUCCAGGUGCUCACCGAGGCUGUGAAGAGAUACCUGCAGGACCUGCCCACUCCCGUCAUCCCCCCAGCAGUUUGCUCUGAGCUCCAGGCGGCCACGCAGCAGGGCACCGAAGCCGCCACAGCCGGAAGCUGCAAGCAGCUGAUGCUGGUUCUGGAGCAGCCUGCUGUUCCUCUGCAGAACCUCCUCACCUUGCAGUACCUGCUGAGACACCUGUGCAACGUGUGCCAGAAUUCGGAGAGGAACGGCCUGGACAUCCACCUGCUCAGCCAGAUCUUUGGGCCAUUGGUUCUUCGGGUUCCCAGCAUGGGUUUCGAAGGCAGUUCGGACUUCCCUGUGCUGGUGCUGGAGAGGCUGCUUCUGGAGCGCAGCUGGGAACAGGAGAGGCCUCCACCAGCUCUGCCUCCGAAGCCUCCGAAGACCAAGGCCUUGACCAACUUGGUGGCCAAUGGGAACAGCAGCCUACUGGCCGAUGCAGAAUGGUACUGGGGGGAUAUUUCCAGAGAGGAGGUGAAUGAAAAGAUGAGAGAUACCCCUGACGGCACGUUCCUGGUCCGAGACGCCUCCAGCAAAGUUCAAGGAGAGUACACACUCACCCUCAGGAAAGGAGGGAACAACAAGCUGAUCAAGAUCUUCCAUCGUGGUGGGAUGUAUGGCUUUUCGGAGCCCCUGACGUUCCUCUCCGUGGUGGAGCUCAUCAGUCAUUACCGCCACGAGUCCCUGGCGCAGUACAACGCCAAGCUGGAUACCCGGCUGCUGUACCCCGUCUCCAAAUACCAGCAGGAGCAGGUGGUGAAGGAGGACAGCAUCGAGGCGGUAGGAGAGCAGCUGCGGGUCUACCAUGAGCAGUACCAGGAGAAGAGCCGCGAGUACGAUGUCCUGUACGAGGAGUACACCCGCACGUCCCAGGAGCUGCAGAUGAAGAGGACGGCCAUCGAGGCCUUCAACGAGACCAUCAAGAUCUUCGAGGAGCAGUGCGAGACGCAGGAGCGCUACAGCAAGGAGUACAUCGAGAAGUUCCGCCGGGAGGGCAAUGACAAAGAGAUCCAGAGGAUCCAGAGCAACUCAGAGAAGCUGAAGUCCCGGGUGACCGAAAUCCACGACAGCAAGAGGAAGCUGGAGCAGGACCUGAAGAAGCAGGCCACGGACAACCGGGAGAUUGACAAGCGGAUGAACAGCCUGAAGCCGGACCUGAUGCAGCUGAGGAAGAUUCGCGACCAGUACCUGGUGUGGCUGACGCAGAAAGGCACCAGACAGAGGAGGAUCAAUGAGUGGCUGGGGAUCACCAAUGAGGCCGAGGACCUGUACUCCCUGAUGGACGAGGAGGACGACCUGCCCCACCACGACGAGCGCAUGUGGUACGUGGGCGACGUCAAGCGCGUGCAGGCCGAGGACCUGCUGCGGGGCAAGCGCGACGGGACCUUCCUGAUCCGCGACAGCCAGUCGCAGAAGGGCUCCUACGCCUGCUCCGUGGUGGUGGAUGGGGACAUCAAGCACUGUGUGAUCUAUAAGACUGUCACGGGGUAUGGAUUCGCUGAACCCUACAACCUCUACGGUUCCCUGAAAGAGCUGGUUCUUCACUACAAGCACACCUCUCUGGUCCAGCACAACGACUCCCUGAAUGUAACUCUGGCCUGGCCCGUUCUCUCCCCACAGCCCAGGUGAACAGCGCCACACGCCCACGUCUGAGAAGGCCUGGAAAGAUGGACACCACAAAACCGCAGCGACACCGUGCACGUCCAUUGCAGAAAACACCCCCCCUCCCCGAGUAAAUGGUGAAUUCUGGGUCCGAACAGGGAGGGGGGGGGUUGGAUUUAAAUUCUUUGCACUCCUGGUCCUCAACAUCAACAGUAACACCCAAGGAAGCAGAACAGCUCCGAUCCUUGUCUUUCAGAUAACAAAACCCUUUCAAUCGAAAGAUGUGAAUUAGGCCUUGCUACCGGAGCACACCAGUAAAGAAGGCGCUGUGUUUUAUGUUCUGUGGAUUGCAAAAGGGUAUGUGAAACCCUUUCAUUUUCAAAUCUGCUGCUUAGAGUAGUAGAGUGCACCCAGCCUGCCCUUAGUGAUGCCUUUAGGGGUAACAGAAGCCUUGAAAUAUACAGCUUAAUAGUGUUUUUUAUUUUCUUUUUCCAUCGGCUGCUGUGCAUAAUCUCUCAUUUCUGUGAUUCAAAGUGGUUCCACAAAUCUUUUUUCAACUUUUUUUUUUCCUUCGAAAAGGAAAGGAACCAGAAAUGCUGUCUUUUCAGUGGGCAGGACGAGCCUUGCUGCGGCACUUUUUGGGGGGAAAAUUUUUUUUUUCCUGCUCGACCCCAUUUUUGGGAAGGGGAUCUUAACAAUGUGCAAGUGUUGGGCUCCCAGUUCUGUCGACUGACACUGAUGGCAAAGGAAGACUGCAGCCUGGGCUCUUUUGUUGCUCAGUCUCGGGAAAAGUAGGGCUUGACUUUUAUUUAGCGGUCCAGAUAUCUUAUUUUUUUAACACUACAGAGCCUGUGACGGUGAACAAGGAACAGACGCUGGUGUUAUAUCCUGCAGCAGCAGUGGCACUGGGCAGUUUCAACUGCGUGACUUCCCAUGCGGUGCUGACCAGAGACACUUUCCAUUUGCUAAACUUGUUUUGCAAACUCAUACGUAUGACGCUAUUUUUUUUUUGGACACAAGCUGAUAUACAGAGCUGUAGCAAUGCAAUUCUAAAAGAAAUCAGAAAGAUAUUGUAGGCGAUUACUGAAAUAUGCAACAUGUAAGUGAUUUGGCAUCUAAGGGCUGAUCAGUAUAUAGAAUCAGCCCACGAAUAUUUUUGUUUUUUUCAUUGAGGAAUCCUCUGGAGGGUGCAUAACGACACGUUAACCAAAUGAAGGACAUCUUUCAUGUAGCAAAAGAACUGAUCCUUUAUUAUAAGCUUGAACACGUUGGUGUUAGCAAAAAAAAACAAAAAUACAACAUAAAAAAUAUGCAUGGAAACUUUUUUUUUUUACCAAGACAAUAUCUUAGCACUUGGUAAUACCUGUACUGUUAAAAUAUGAGAUAUAUAUAUAGAUUGAUAUAUAUUUACAAGACAAACAACAUUAGAUCCCCCAUCUCCAUAGAAGUGCUUGAGGAGGUAUCUUUGUUUGCAUGGUCAAAUUUCUUCUUGUACAGGCUGUUGGAACAAGCUCCUUUCAGAUGAACUCAUGGCCCUGAACUACAGGCACUGUAACAGGAAAUAUAAAACUUCAGGAGCGUUCGUCUUGCAAUACAGGUGUAAAUGCAGCAGGAGAGGAGAAGGAGGAGCAGUUAGAAACUAGUCUGUUUUUAAAUGUGGGGUAGUUUUGGGGCCUUGCAGAAUAGUAGGGUUUUUUGUAAUCAGAUAUCCUCAGGCACCUGUCAGUCAUUGCAGAUUUGGAUGCCGUUUUGCAAAGACAGUUGAUGUUUUAGGAAGCUGGUGUCUGGACAGGUUUAUUUUUUCUUUUUGCUGAAAUGCUGCCACAAUGCAGGGGGGCAGGGAGAAGAAAGGGCCUCUUCCACCUGAAGCAAGGAUCUGGUGCUCCUAAUAAAAACCUUGAAUUUCGAAGGUUUGUGAUCACGUGGGCUUUCAGGUGCUUUUUCAAGGGAUCCUUCAGGGAAAAAAAAAAAGUUACUGGAGAAUUAACCACAACAGUGUGUUUGUUGAGUGUGAGAAGCUUAGGCUUAUGAAUACCAAGCGACUGGGGGUUGGAAGUGCCUUCUACUGUGGCUCGUUAACUCUUCGGUAACUGUUGUUUGAGCUCUUUCUGGCGAUGAGCUGUUCCACCCUGAACUCGCUGUCCACAGCAGGGCCCAGCGUCUUUCCCCACCACACGGGUGCUCCCGUGUGAGUCCAGCAGCCGAGCCUCUCAGAUCUUCCUCUUCCUCAACCAGCGAUGUUAGCACUUGUUUCAUUGUUUCGGGUGUUUGUUCCUGUACUCCACACGGGUUGGCACUGGUUUAUAUGGAAUCACACUGGGGGGGGGUUAAAUUAAAUUUAACAUUAAACGCAGCAAAGGUACAGGAAAACCAGGAACAGGGAAAACUUUUUUUUUUAAAUAAGACACUUCGCUUAGCUGAACAGUGAGGAAAUCCCCUUUUGUUUGAGCCAGUCCUUAAAUUAUAUACUACCCUUGUUGAGGCUGAAGCAGAAGAAAUCGCUUUUAUCCAUCUACUUAAACUGCUCGUUACUCCACCUGUAACUGAGGCGUAUCUACAGUGCACUUUCCAUCAAGAAGAAAAGGAGUCUUGCCACAGUUUUUUUUUUUCCCCCACAAUGCUCAGAAGCAUAAAAAUGCAGACUUUUCACUAUGAAUAGGAUUUUCAAUUCCGUGAGAGACCGUUUCACUUCGUGCCCAGGCAGGAAAUAGGGAGAAAGUUGAAGCUUGGGUCAUGAAUCAGAUUCCCCAAGUGGCAGUCCGCAUUUGGCUGGACGCCUCUUGGGGUAGAGUUGGGAUUAGUCUGCCAGGGCUCUUGCGGCUUCCUGCAGAACAGUGCCCCCUGCAGGCUCGAAGCAACAUCACGAGGGAGGUGCCUCUUCUGCAGUUCGCACUGGGCCUCCUUGUGUCACUGCAAGGCUGAGACAUACAAUAGUUGUCUUCUCCCAACUGGGCAACAUGUAAUUGGCAAUUUUAAAUCAUUAAAAAAGAGAAAACCACCACUGGACACUGCAAAGAAUACAAAGACAUCAGUUGAGUGAAUUCUAUUCAGUUUCUGCAAGAAUGAUCUCUAUCGAUUGGUAGAAAUAUCAGACAAGGAGCAGCUCAGGUGGAUUUUCUCCACAUCCUUACCCCUGGGCUGUAGGAAAGAAUUACAAUCCUGUCUUGGAAGCAGAGACGACCCAGCAGAAGCAACGCAUUCUUCUAGGUCUUGUCAAAUCUAGAGUUGCGAUUUCAAAACAUGUAUUUUGAAUUUGGAACCUGGAGAGCUCAGAACUUCUUUGUGGCUUUUUUGGGGCGGGUAAAUAACAAAAAUUGCUUGAUUGCUUUCAGCAAUGGUUAUUGUAGUAAUUGUUCAAAUGUAAAAAAAAUGCUCACUAAAGUAGUAACAAACUGUUUUUGCCAAAGAAACCAUUGUUAAAACACAUUUCUGGACUUAAGGAUUUUACAGAUUUUGCACAGAUUACAUUAGACUUGAUUGCAAAGUCUAGGGCCUAGUAGUGUAACUGUUUUUUUUUGUAUGUUUUGAUACGAUGUCUUGGGUUGGAAAUAUAUUCAAAACAUUUAUAGUGGCAUUAGUGUACUGUAAAGAGAGAAAGACCUGUGUUUCCCUUUACCUGUAAUUCAAAUUGGAUAUGAAAGUUUUCCCUUACAAUGAUAUUUACUUUCAGUAAUAGCUUUUUUGGCACACCUGUUCUCCAUGUAGUCUUCAGUGAGCUUGGCGAGGUUCCUCACUCCGAUGAGUUCUGAAGUGUUAAAUCAUCUUGGGGUGUUUUCUCUUGGAAAUGUUCUACAAUUCAGAUUAGCAGUUAUGCUUUGCAAGUAAUAGUUUGUGGGUUUUGUUUUGUAAUGAGUAGAAUUUUCUGUUUCUAGCGAUGUGCAAAACCUGGGGACUGUUGAGCGCAGCAUUGUAAAUAGGCCUGCUUUCAGGCUGCAAUUGAGAAUGGAGCACUAGCAGAAAAGGGUUAACGAGCUGAAAACUACUCUGACAUGCAAGAAUGGCAUUGUUUCCCCAGUAUUGGUACAAACUGUGAAAUUCUUAAUGUUUUAAUUAAGAAACAAAGCUGGGUCAAAUAUAAAAGGAACAGCUAAGGACAGCCAAGUUUUGUUAUUUUUUUUGUUGAGUUAUUAUUUCCCAGGUCUAGCAUUUAUUUUUUCCCCUCCCAACGCACAAACAUGUAUAUAUAUGCUGAGAGAGAGAGGGGGAAGAUGGCCAAAUGUAUUUUCAAUGUAGAAUGGUUUGCGUCUGCUUUAGAACUACCACUCAGAAAAUGUGCGUUAUGUCCUGACUAGGAAAAAUCUUCUCAGCCCAUGUAGAUGUCGGUUCCACUGUUGACUGCUGUGCAAAAAAAAAUGUUUUUGCUGUUAAGAAAUGUGAAAACUAGAAUGGAAGAGGCUUGCGUCUCUUCGAGAUGAGGGAUGCAGGCUCCUGAUCUUGCAGCUUGACGUGAACAAGGUGGGUUCCUGGUGCAGCUAGAAUCUGGUUUGAUCACACUACUUUGCACGUUUCUAGAAUAAAGUCCACUGUGUCUCUUGUGCAUUCACUGGUUUCCAGGACGCUAGGAACUCGCACCUCCCGAGAAAACCCAGUUUGGUCUUUUAUUGCAGCUUGUACGACACAACCAUCGUGCAUUCUGUGGUGAUAUUCCGACGUGGGAUACAAAAACACUGCGAGAUGAAAGCUUUCUGCUGUUUCGCCACAGUAUUUCCUGUCCAGAUCUCGUGAAUGAUCUUGUGAGAGUGGGACUGGUCCCGGGCACACAGGCGUUCUACAAGUGUGUGGAACAGCUUGACAAGAGUAUGUGGGGGGUUUUAUUUUCGUUUUUAACUAAUUACUGUAGGGAACGUGGAGCAUGAGAGUCGGGGAUGUAGUUUUGUUGAGCUAAAUCAGAGAAAAUCUUUUGAGUUAUGAAGCUGUGCUUCUGGGUUUCUGUUGGAAAUGCACACAGCCUAGCUUUCAGUCAUUUGAGGGGGAUUGUUUUCACCCCUGACUUUGAGCAGGGAUGGGCCUGUCUUUGGGGUGGGGUGUGUAAAUCUGCUGAAUGCACUACAAAGACACGUGUUCAGUGAGUGGGGGGAGUGGCGGGGGCUGGACUUUUUUUUUUUAUUGGGAAAGGCCCGUUACUUGUGGUGACUUAAGGAGUGCUGUAAUCCAAAAAGCUCUAUUGGUUCUUUUUUAAUGGUCAGCUCUUUAAAAGGCACCUCUACCCCAAAAUCAACUGAACAAUAACUAAAGGUCUCCUUCAUGUUCCUCGUGUGACCGUUUCAUUUUCAGUCUUUUGUCAGCUGCGUUGGGUCACAUGAAACUUGAGGUGAGGUCAUUCCUGAAAUUCCAGAAGCGGCGCUGAGGUAUUGUGAUGCCUACAUGUUUCAGAACCUUCAGCGUAGGGGUAGCAAAAAAAAGUUAUUUGGCAUGUCUGAGCCUGAUAAUCUACCCAGGGCGAUCAUAGCUGAAGAAAUAUUGGCUGCAUCAUCUGAAAAUUCGUCCCUUGUCGCUAUCAUGACUGGAGAGUUUAAUGACAAGGGCAUUGUGUUAUAUUUGAGUUUAAUUGGAGCGAUACUUAGAUUUAAAAAAAACGAUGUGCGUAUUUAAUCGACACUAAAGGCAGGUUUUAUAUUGUGCAAAGAUCUAUUUUUGGCCACACAUUUCUAUUGAAAAGAAUCUUGUGCACUCCAGUUACCCUUUAUGAGCUGGAAAAACUGGUCAUGCCAGUUAAGAUCAGUUAGAUAAAAGCUCUGUUGGCAAAAAAAAAAUGAGGAAGAGAUUGUAACCCUUCAGAAUUUGAGCCUUUUAUCUUGUUUUAUGUGAUCCACCUUACCUUUUGUGAAGAUGGUUAAGGUACCGAUUUUGAAAGGAAGACAAGAUUAGGAAAGCACUCCUGACAUUUGAAAGCAAACCUGGUGAAAACAGGCUUUUGCCUGUGAAAUAUGGGUGGAAUCUGGAAAAAAAGACACGUCAAAGUUUCAAUGGUGCCUGACUGGGUCUGUUUAUAAAAUUGGCUUUUAUAAAAAAGCUGUUUAAUUUUUUCAUUUGUAUGUUUGUUCUUUAUAACCUGACAGAUUCUAUAAAAUAAGCUAGCUUGAACUGUCUUUUUCAUUUCCAUUCUUUAGAUACAUUUGUUUACGAUCUCUGAUUAACCAAAUAGAAUUUUAAGUGUUUGAGAAAAAAAAAGAAUCUGUCGGUCAUUAGAUAACGUAGAGAAGAAUCUUCGGCUCUAGUUUUGUUUUUUUCUUCUGUUUUUUAAACUUGAAGUUUGAAACCAUUGGGUUUUAGUUUAAUGUUUGUGAAACAGUGCUCCCUUAAGAUUACAGAAGUCUAGUAGGUUAUAUAGUCUACUGCUUUUGGAAUAAAAAACACUUUCCAGACCUACCUUGCCAAUGGUUACAUGAUGUUCUGUGGACAGUCUCCUGCAAAAGGGUGUGGGGUAAUGGUGUCUGUUUUAGUUGCAAUUUAAAUGCUGUUAUAGUAUUAAUUAUAAAUAUGGUGCUGAUUUGAGUAACUAAGUUCUCGAGAGCGAGCCCGAGAGGAUUUGAUUUUUUUUUUAAAUUGAAGUGCAAUCUUUAUAAAAAUGUGAGAUCUGGGAUUAUCGAUUAACAAGAUGUAUUUUCCUAGUAAUGCCGAAUUACCUUCUGAAAGCCAAACCUUUUGUAUCAGUUUUUCAGUAUGCUUUAUGCCAUGGCUAGUUAACUUGCAUCUCUUCUUAUCGGCUCCAGUGAAAUACUUUGACACAACCAGCUCCUUAAACGCUGCAUCGAAUCCUGUUGGGUAUGAAAUAAUUAAGGAGCUGGUUGCAACAAAAUUGUGUGAUUUAGCAGAUUGGAGUGGGACCAGGUUAAGUAGCCCUGCUUUAGAAACUACAGAAAUAUCUUUUUGGACAGUAGAAAUGAAAUGCACUAUGUUCUAAUAAUGUUCUUUUUGCGUCACACAGACUGCCAGAAAUGCUGUAUUAAACGAAGUACUGUAGUGAAUCUAGUAAAUAAAAAUUCCAAGAUACACGGGCUCUAGUGUAUUGAGGAUUUUGCACUAAUGUUUAGUAUGAACCCUUUCUUGUGUGUAAGAGGUGUGUUGUUGAGGAACACCAAGGUUUAUGACUGUACUGGCUUAAAAGAUAUUUCUUUAAUUUGAUUCUCUUAAAAACAGUUGAAUUGGGUUUUCCUAGUUAAAUGGAAAGUCCUGAGAGAGUGUUUUUGGUUCCUCAAAGUCUUGACUGUGUCUUGUGCACAUUUGCUCUCAUCCCAAGCUUGCAGUGCUGAAAUCAAACCGGUGUCUACCCAAGUAUGCUAUGAGCUUCUUCUUAUUUAGAUUUAAAUAAGGCCAUUAUCAAAGUCAACUAGAAAAUGUGACUUUGCAUCCAAAGGAAAUGCAUCUAAAACCUUUAAAACAAAUUGCUACAUAAAAUGCAACAAAUGCUAUUGCUUCUAAUAUUCAUUUGUAAUUUUGUUUACACAUUUUUUAAGUUUUAGUGUAUCACCUUGUAUUUUUAGAGAUGAAUAGAGGCUUCUCCUUUUGCUGCAAAAUCCCGUUGAACAUUAGUUCAACAUUAGUAAAACAUUAGGUAGCAGGGCCGUCCCUUGGGGGAGGCAAAGUAGCCUAACCAAAUUAGUGCAGGUCCUCUUUUUUAUACAGAUGGAAAAAAAACUUCAAGGGUAGCAGCAACCUGUUUAUGUUCAUCAUAAACAUGUAUUUCUGCCUCUUAUUAUAUAUUAUAAUUAUAGCUAAAAAUAUUUUGAAGCCCACAUUCCUUUCCGCAAAUAUUUGUAAUUCAGCAGUUACAAAUAACAAAUUUGUAAACCAGGGUUGAUGCGAUCUUCUCGUUGAAGCAAAUGAGAAUUCUACACAGCCCUACUUGAGACACAGCAGUUCUCUAAAGUGUUUUCACUUAGAAAAGGUUGCCAAGGGACACUAGCGAUUUAGCUGAAAUACUCUACAUGAAGCUGCGUGCAUGCCUGGUAUCUACAGUACUUCCUCAAGUGCUAGCAGCUUUACAGAUCUGCACAUGAACGCGAUCGCUGUGGAACGUCAAGAUCUUCACACCCCAGCCUCUCUCUUCAUUAAAGGAAGUGCAGUUCCUUUUAAAUGUAAUUCGCAAGCUGGAGGAUAUCACACAGAGCUGUCCCGAUUUGCUCACCCACCCUAGAGAGGGGCAGUCCUGUGCGCAUGUGUAAGGGCUCAGCGCACUGAGCGAUUUACUGAAGUGACAUCACCCCCUCUCAAUUCUAGACCGGGCAGAACUCUGAUGUGGUGGAGGAUGCAGGCUUCCUGUCUGCUGGCAUGACAUAAGCUGACUAGGAAGUGACGCUGUGCAUGCUGGGAGUCCGCAAGUGACCGGGAUAGAAUCUAAGCAAGGUGCAUUCAGCUACAGUCAGCGUCUGUCUCUUCCUCUCGAACAGUAGGUUUGGUGCAAGUCCUUAGAAUAAUGUAGUGAAGACCAGAUCUUCAAUAAAGUGCAAUUAAACUCUAGAGGGAGCACUGUUGGAAUCCAGUAUGAUACUUGUUGGAUAUGUGCACAAUCCUUAUGUACUUACCUGAUUUGUAUUUUUUUUGUUCUGUAUCAGAUGCAGCAUUUCUACAGUGUACAGCUCACUCAAAUGAUGUGUUUGUUUCAGACUGGUACUCUUUUAAGUUUUGUAUGGUACUUAAAAAUGAAUAAUAAAAUAAAAAAUGAA